AGAUACAUUUUUCAAGACUCAAUUUGGAGCCAGAUUCAAUCGAACUGUGGUCAAUAGUUUCCGGUCAGGGUCAAUUGUGGUGGAGUCUACGUUGAUAUUCAACAACAUCAGCUCAGUGCCUAACAAUAGUCUGGUAGCACAAACUUUACAAACUGCCAUUACUUCCAACACGUCUGGCCUGACCUUACCUAUCAAUUCAUCCUCCAUUGUGGUCACACGUGCUACUACAAUGACUAGUGCAACCACCUCCGCUGCAACAACUGCUGCUCCAACUGCAGCUGUGACCACCACCACUCUGGCAGAUGUCACCACGACCCCUCCAGCAGUGGCCAAAACCACCACCACCGCUGUUCCGGCAGUAACCACCACCACCACCACUGUCGCAUCAACUGACCCUCCAUCUUCUAGUGAAGGAACCCUGCUUCUCCAGUUCAGUCUCGAUCAAAUAUUCACCUUGGAUCUUGCCAACCCGUCCUCUUCAGCAUUCAAGACUCUGGCUGGCAAAGUGGUCUUGGAGGUGAACAAGAUUUUUGCUAGAACCCCAAGCUUCCUUCGUUCCAUUGUCAACUCAUUCAAGAAUGGAUCUGUAGUUACCAACAUGACUCUCGUGUUCAAAACCAAAUCUUCGGUUCCAAGCGCAUGCAGCGCACAGGCAACUUUCACCAUCAGUCCCACCUCCCUGAACAUCCUACCGGGCAGCGUCAAUGUUGAGUCAUCAGUCAAUUCAGGAAGUGCUCCCCGACCCACUGCCUUCUGUCUGGCUUUCCUGCCUCUCACAUUGGCACUGCUAAUGGUACAGUUGCUGGCUAACUAAUAGCCUGUGUCAUAGCUCCUGUGGCAUUGGUUUGACCAAUGAAUAGUUUUCCAGCUCUCAUAGAUUAAGGACCUGCUUUAGUAGAAGAAUGCACAAUGGAUUGUGCCUGUGUCAAUUGGCAAAAUACGUUGUAUUUCAUGUACAAGUCCAUACACAAACAAUAACACACCUAAUUGUACUUUUUGAUGUCAAGUAUGAUAUUUGUGACAUUCCUUAAGAAUUCAUGUAGUUUUUUUCUGCUUAUGAAUAUUACAUGCAUGUAUCUUUUCUUUCAAGUAACUGUAUUUAUACUGAACCAUAUAGGCUCUCAAAGACAUGACUUAUUUAUUUUGCAUAUUGCACACAGCAGCUUGCACAUGUUUUAUCUGUUUGAUUAAUAAGGAAAAUAACUGAAAGAUUAGAAAACCUUUCCUACAUCAUGUGACAUCCAAAUCCUAUUGUAUACUUUUUUUUGGUGUGUUAUUUGAUCAUAGUUGCAUUUUUAAUUUUUAACUGAUUGUAACUACUUUAUAUCUCUAUUUAAAUUCACCAAGACCAAAUACCUUUUUGAUAUUUACUUUGAGUUAUUUUGGGCAUAACACUGAAGUGUGUCAAAGGGGCUGAGGAACUAUUGCUGACCACUGCACUGUUUUAAAAACAUUGUAACUUCUUAUCUUGUUAAUAUUCAAUCCAAUAUGUAAAACUCGUAGAAGUACAUUUUCUUCAUUACUGUUUUAAUAUAAUUAUAUUUUGGGUCAUGUAAUUGGGUUGAAAAAUGUAUUAAUAAUACAUUUACAGUAUGAGUUACCAUGUGAGUAACAAUUUACAAACCUACACCCCAGAUUAUGUUGAUAAACAGUAAUCGUAUAUGUAUACUGAACAAAAAUAUAAACACAACAUGUAAAGUGUUAGUCCCAUGUUUCAUGAGCUGAAAUUUUAAGAUCCCAGAAAUGUGCCAUAAGCAAAAAAGCUUAUUUUUCUCAAAUGUUGUGCACAAAUGUUUUUAAUCUCUGUUAGUGAGAAUUUAUCCUUUGCCAAGAUAAUCCACCCCCCAUAACAGGUGUGGCAUAUGAACACUUUAUAUGUUGCAUUUAUACGUUUGUUCAGUAUACCUAUCCAUCUAUCUAUCAUUAAAUACACUUUUUGAAUGAAACAAUUAAUAAAUAAAAAAUCUUUGAGAAAGUAGUGUUCCAAUUUAUGAACGCAGCAGAAAAUGGUGACUUGCACUCAACAUUAAAAAAUACCAGUUCAUAUUCUGAGUGAUACCAUCAAUAUGAAUAAUACCAAGUUAGUUUAAAAAAUGUGUGAGGUGUUAUUGCAAUAUGGUCAUUCAAAUUAUACAAUACGUAAUGCAACAUAUGGAGUACAAAACUAUAUGGGGAUAUCAACGACAGCAGGGGAAAGUGUGUAGAUAGAUCCAUUUGUCCAAGAUGGUAAAAUGCAAAGGAAGAAAUGAGAAGCACACCGCUCACACACUGCAUGAGCACUAAAGAUAUAGAUCUCUCUUA